GCGGGCUCGAGUACUUCCGGUGGGUGUGAGCACGUGCAGGAGAGUUCCGGGCACAGAGGGCAGGACUAGCGAACAGCGGGGGACGGUAUUUAUCUGAACAAGGGCAGCGAACCCCUCUUUUUGGGCAUCGAAUUACAGCGGUGCUGUUUGGAAUCAAGCAUGGAACCUUGUGAGGAGGCUCAGAGCCUCACUAACUCCACCGAUGAGAAUUAUUUUGUGACGUACACCUUCACUGACCGCACCCACAGCAGCCGGAUGGCCCAUAGCAUCAUACAGCUGUGCAUGGAGGAGAUGCUGUUUGCCGAUGUCACUGUUCUUGUAGAAGGAAAGGAGUUCAAGCUCCACCGGCUGAUUCUCUCCUCCCAGAGUUGCUUCUUCCGCUCCAUGUUUGCCUCCAACCUGAAAGAGGGGAGGAAUGAAGUCAUCCAGCUCCAUGACGUAAGUGAGAGCAUAUUUCAGCUGCUGGUGGACUACAUUUACUACGGUACGGUGAAACUGCGCAUCGAGGAGCUGCAAGAGACAUACGAGGUGGCAGAUAUGUACCAGCUCACGGCUCUGUUUGAAGAAUGCUCCCGCUUCCUGGUUCGGACGGUCCAGGUGAAGAACUGUCUGCAGAUCAUGUGGCUGGCGGAUCAGCACAGCGACUCGUCGCUAUACACGGCGGCCAAACACUGCGCCAAAACCCACCUCUCCCAGAUACAUGAUUCAGAGGAGUUCCUUAACUUGCCCUUGCGGCUGCUGAGAGAUAUUAUUGAAGAUGGAGUCCCUUGUUCCCAGAAUCCAACGACAGCAAUCAAAAACUGGAUCAACUUUAACAAGGAAGAACGGGAAGAGUUCUCAGACGUGCUCCUUUCUAGCCUAAAGGAGAUUGGCGAGAAUGUGCACAUCUACUUGAUUGGAAAGGAGGAAUCGCGUACUCAUUCCAUUGCGGUUUCCCUGCACUGUGCUCAGGAUGAUUCCAUCAGUGUAAGUGGGCAGAAUAGCCUGUGCCACCAGAUCACUGCCGCCUGCAAACAUGGCUCUGAUCUAUAUGUGGUGGGCGGCUCAAUCCCUCGGAGAAUGUGGAAAUGUAACAUGGAGACCAUGGACUGGGAGCGUUGUGCCCCGCUUCCCCGCGACCGCCUGCAGCACACGCUUGUGUCUGUCCCCAGCAAGGAUUCAAUCUAUUCCCUGGGAGGCAAAACGCUGCAGGACUCGCUGUCUAACGUGGUGAUUUAUUAUAAAGUGCAGGACAAUGUCUGGACAGAAACGAGUCAGUUAGAGGUUGCCAUCUCCGGUGCCGCCGGUGUUAAUCUCAAUGGGCAAAUCUACCUGAUGGGGGGUGAGGAGAACGACCUGGACUUUUUCACGAAACCCUCACGCCUUAUUCAGUGCUUUGAUACAAAAGCAGAAAAAUGCCACGUUAAGCCUUACCUCCUACCAUUUGCCGGGCGAAUGCACGCCGCAGUACACAAAGACCUGGUAUUUAUUGUUGCAGAGGGAGACUCUCUGGUCUGUUACAAUCCUCUAUUAGACAGCUUCACACGGCUCUGUCUCCCAGAGGCCUGGAGCUCCCGGCCUUCCUUAUGGAAAAUCGCCAGCUGCAACGGCUGCAUUUAUGUCUUCAGAGACCACUAUAAAAAAGGAGAUGCCAACACCUUCAAGCUCAAUCCAGCAACCUCCGUGGUAACGGUUACCAGCGGCAUCCGCUUCUUGCUCACCAACUUGCAGUUCUUAUUGGCAUAACCUUGAAUAAUGGAAGCAGCUUCCGGUGCCUGUACCUUUAAGCUCAAUCCAGCAACCUCCGUGGUAACGGCCAUUCCAUAGUCCUAUGAAAGGGCUUCCCGUGAAGAGAAAAUAAAGACAACCGAUGUCCAAAGAAUUAAAGGGACCAACUGCAUUGCUUCAGAGGGUAGUAAAAGGUAGUUAGCCA